AACAACUCUUAUGUUGGGACUACUUCACUUGGAACAACUGGAGUUGCAUUGGAAAGGAAAUACUACUCUGUGUCAGGCAGUGGAUCCUGCAGGACACAGACUUUGAGUGCUUAAACUUAGAGUUGAUUUUUAGUUAUUUAUUUCCAAGUAGAUGUACAUACGUUUUAACGGUUCAUGUCGAAGCCUUUCGCUCAGUAAUCAUAAGGUGGUUAAGUUAGCGGGCGAGCUAGCUAGCUAUCUUAAGUAGCUAGCGCAGCUAGCUAUAUUUUCAUAGCUAGCUGGCAGAGUGAAGUGGAGAUAUGGAGUUGGACGACGGAGCCCUUUACCAGGAUGACUCUGGCUCCUCGGCGAUGAUGUCCGAGCGGGUUUCUGGCCUGGCCAGUUCAAUCUAUCGAGAGUUCGAACGUCUGAUAGGAAAGUACGAUGAGGACGUUGUGAAGGAACUAAUGCCCCUCGUUGUCGCAGUCCUGGAAAACUUGGACGCGGUGUUCGCUGAGAACCAGGAGCAUGAAGUCGAGCUGGAACUGCUGAAAGAAGACAACGAGCAACUUGUGACCCAGUACGAACGCGAGAAAGCUUUGAGAAAAGGCGUUGAAGAGAGGUACAUUGAGCUGGAGGACAUGCAGGAGCACGAACGCAACGAGCUGAAAGGACGCCUGGUGCUGCUGGAGGCCCAGAGCCGGCAGAGUGACCUCAAGUUCAAGAACCAUCACGACCAGAUUGGGAGAUUGGAGGAGAGGGAAGCAGAGCUGAAGAGAGAGUACAAUGCUCUCCACCAGAGACAUACAGAGAUGAUCCAUAGCUACAUGGAGCAUUUGGAACGAACCAAAAUGCAACAGAUUGUGGUGGAGCCGGCGGAAUCGGGGCCCCCUCCGACCAGAACACGGAAGGAACGUCCUGUGUCCAUGGGCAUCUUCCCGCUGCCAGGCGCCGAGACUUUGACCCCCGACCUUCCGAGGGAUGUUGUGGAGACUCCGGGGACGGACUCGUGGAGAUACAACGACCUGAGCCACCCGCGCUCCAACACCAGCCUCAAGCUGGAGGAGGACGAGCGUCCUCCCAAGCCCCAGGAGGGUAAGGUCCUGCCGGAGGUUUGGGAGACUGUCCAGGAGGAGACGCAGGAUGAGCUCUCGGACGCACACCGCGGUGGCUCCAAGUCGGGCACGCCGAUGUCCGACGCGAGCCGCGGGGGAUCCAAGUUCGGCACGCCGAUGUCCGAAGCGAGUCGCGCCGGGUCGAAGUCGGUCACGCCGAUGUCCACCACUGCGUCCGCGUCCGACGUGAGCCGCGGAGGCUCCAACUCGACCACGCCCAUGUCCAGAGCUACCUCCGGCGACGUCGCCAUGGCGUCAGUGGACACGCCGCGGACGGAGGAGGCGGACCGCCUGAACCAGAACCUGGACAGCCGCGACAGGAAGCCAGACGGCAACAAGAACAUCAUGAUGCAGGAGGGCAUGGGACUGGGCGCAGGAGGAGUGGGCGCGGGAGGAGUGGGCACAGGAACGGGCACAGGAGGCGUAGGAGUAGGCGCUGGAGGUGGAGCAGGAGGAGUAGGAGGAGUAGGAGGAGGACUAGGAACGGACGCAGGAAUGGGCGCAGGAACGGGCACAGGAGGAGGCGUAGGAGGAGGUCCAGGAGGAGGCCCAGGAGGAGUAGGAGGAGGAGUAGGAACGGGCGCAGGAGGAGGCGUAGGAGGAGGUCCAGGAGGAGGGCCAGGAGGAGUAGGAGGAGGAGUAGGAACGGGCGCAGGAACGGGCGCAGGAACGGGCGCAGGAACGGGCGCAGACACAACCUCACCAGAAUCAGAAAUAGAAAAUGCGGAGCGGUCAGAAGUGCAGUCGAUAAUCGAGUCCACUCCCGAGCUGGACAUGGACCUGAGUGGAUGCAAAGGAGCCAGUACUCCAACCAAAGGGAUCGAGAACUUGGCGUUUGACCGCAACACAGACUCACUGUUCGAGGAGCUCUCCUCCGCCGGUAACGACCUCAUUGGAGACGUGGACGAUGGCGCGGACCUGCUGGGUAUGGGUCGCGAAGUUGAACACCUCAUCCAGGAGAAUGCACAGCUGCUGGAGACAAAAAAUGCACUGAACGUGGUGAAGAACGACCUGAUCGCGCGCGUGGACGAGCUGGUGUGUGAGAAGGACGGGGUGGUGGGGGAGCUGGAGGUGCUGCGCUCAGCCAAAGACAAUCUGGAGGAGAAGAACAAGGAGCUGGAGGAGGAGAUCAAGAGAGUGCGUGCAGAAUUGCAGGAGGCCAAGCAAAAGACCAAAGAGCCAGACGAUGAUAGCGACGUGCCCACGGCCCAGAGGAAGCGCUUCACGCGGGUGGAGAUGGCGCGGGUGCUGAUGGAGAGGAACCAGUACAAGGAGCGGCUGAUGGAGCUGCAGGAGGCCGUGCGGUGGACCGAGAUGAUCAGAGCAUCGCGGGAGAACCCCUCCCUAUCAGAGAAGAAGAAGUCCAGUAUCUGGCAAUUCUUCAGUCGGCUGUUCAGUUCGUCGUCGAGCGCGUCCGCCAAGAAGCCGGAGGUGGCGCCGGUGAACCUGAAGUACAACGCCCCGACCUCGCACGUGGUGCCCACCGUCAAGAAGAGGAGCAGCGCGCUGGCACAGCUGCCCAGCGACAAGUCCAAGGCCUUCGACUUCCUCAACGAGGAGCCAGAGGUGGGUAACCUGGCGUCGCGGCGUGAGCAGAAGAGGGCCCAGUACCAGCAGGUGAAGGCCCACGUGCAGAAGGAGGACAACAGAGUCCAGGCCUACGGAUGGAGCCUCCCCCACAAGAGCAAGGUUAAUGGCGGCGCACAGAAGGAGGGCAAGAACCUUCCGGUGCCCGUGUACCUGCGGCCGCUGGACGAGCGGGAUUCCACCAUGAAGCUGUGGUGUGCGGCAGGCGUGAACCUGACGGGUGGGAAGACGCGUGACGGCGGCUCCAUCGUGGGGGCCAGUGUGUUCUAUAAGGACGUGUCGGGGGACAGCGCCUGCCUCAGCCCCGUGCCCAUCAAGGGCUCCCAGACCAGCCUGGACCGCCUGGAGCAGGAGAUUAAGGAGCAGGAGAAGGAGCUGCAGCUGAAGGAGGAGAUGUCCAGCCUGGUGUGGAUCUGCACCAGCACACAGGCCGCCACCAAGGUCAUCGUCAUCGACGCCAACCAGCCCGGCAACAUCCUGGAGAACUUCUUCGUCUGCAACUCCCACGUCAUCUGCAUCGCCAGCGUGCCAGGGGCGCGGGAGACGGACUACCCCAUGGGCGAGGAGGUGCCCAAGCAGGACGGGGAGUCGGGCGAGGGGGCCAGACCCGCCACGGCCACCAGCAGCAACAGCACCGGCGGCGGGGGCGCCGGAGAGGGCAGCUCCGGCGACGGCCUGCUGGACGGCGUCCACGUGGUGGGCUGCUCGGGGGAGGGGGCGGUGGCCAUCCCCCAGACCGUGUGCACCUCGGGCCAGUCCGGCGACCUGGACGCAGUCACCGCGAUCUUGUCUCCCGAGGAGGCGACCGAGGCCACGGAGAGCGGCCUGGCGUUCAAGGAGGUCGCCCACGCCCACGCCCACGUGCUGGACCUGACGGCGGGCGCCUACACGGAGCACGUGUUCACCGACCCGCUGGGGGUGCAGCAGCCACCGCCGCCCGAGACCCCCGCCUCCUACACCCAGAGGGAGAGUGACCUGGUGAAGGACGGCGUGAGCACGGCCUCGGAGGAGAAGGACCUCAUGAGGGAGGAGGCCAACAAAAUGAGCAGCGUCCUGGCCACCAUGUGGUUAGGGGCCCAAAACGGCUGUGUGUACGUUCACUCUGCGGUGGCUCAGUGGAAAAGAUGUCUUCACUCCAUCAAACUGAAAGACUCUGUCUUAGGCAUCGUUCAUGUUAAAGGUCGUGUACUGGUGGCUCUGGCGGACGGAACACUAGCCAUCUUCCACAGAGGGGAAGAUGGGCAGUGGGACUUGACCAACUACCACCUGCUGGACCUGGGCCGGCCGCACCACUCCAUCCGCUGCAUGACCGUGGUGCACGACAAGGUGUGGUGCGGCUACCGCAACAAGAUCUACGUGGUGCAGCCCAAGGCCAUGAGGAUUGAGAAAUCGUUCGAUGCCCACCCGCGGAAGGAGAGCCAGGUGCGUCAGCUGGCCUGGGAGGGCGACGGCAUCUGGGUGUCCAUCCGGCUGGACUCCACGCUGCGCCUCUUCCACGCCCACACCUACCAGCACCUGCAGGACGUGGACAUCGAGCCCUACGUCAGCAAAAUGCUGGGCACUGGGAAGCUGGGUUUCUCCUUUGUGCGGAUCACGGCGCUGAUGGUGUCCUGUAAUCGGCUGUGGGUCGGCACGGGCAACGGGGUCAUCAUCUCCAUCCCCCUGACCGAGACGGCCAACAAGAUCACCUCGGGAUCGGGGAAGCAGCCCGGCGGCGCCAUCCGUGUCUAUGGCGACGAGAACAGCGACAAAGUGACGGCGGCGACCUUCGUCCCCUUCUGCUCCAUGGCUCACGCCCAGCUCUGUUUCCAUGGCCACCGGGAUGCCGUGAAGUUCUUCUGCGCGGUCCCAGGUCAGGUAAUUCCCUCUGCUACGGCAGGUGGGGAGGGGGGCGGGGAUAAGCCCUCGUCGGAAGCCAAUCAGGAGCUGGGCAAGUCCGUCCUGGUCAUGAGUGGAGGAGAGGGCUACAUCGACUUCAGAAUGGGCGAUGAAAGUGCAGAGUCUGAGGAUGUGGAGACCACACUGAAGCUGCAGCCGUUGUUGGCCAAGGCUGAGCGCAGCCACCUCAUCGUCUGGCAGGUCAUGGCUGAGGACGACUAACUGACCCCUCGUCCCUCAUGCCUCUUCUCCCUCUCUCACACACACACACACACACACACACACACACCGUACCUGAACACUCACAUACCACAGUGACGGGUGUGUGUGUGUGCAUCUCACAGAGACAGUCCACUCUCAUAUCAACAUGCAUGUUUAAUUGUUUUUUUCUUUAACUCAAUCUCAUCCAUGCUUGUUUAGCCUUUCAUUUUAUGAUUAAUUUUUAAUUCAAUUUAAUUAUAUUUUUUUCUUUUGAUUUUUCAUUAUUUUCUCACCAAAACUCUUUGUGUUCAUAUGUGUUGAGUUACAUCACGUUUGCUGUCGCUGAAGCUCACUCAUAUCACCAUACUGUAACAGUCCUCUUUGUGUGCUUGAGGGGAACUGUCUGUAUGUUUGCAAAUGACCAUCACCCAUGUGGUCACCUAAACAAGACUUCCUGACCCUCUCAGGGUCGCGCACGGGUCACCGUAUCAGCCUGCACUUUCUCUACGAUCCUUUGGCAUGCCGUGGAACAGUGGACGAUGAAAAGGAUCCGUGUUUCCAUUUACCAGACUUUUGACAAAGUUCCGCUUCUUCCUCUUUGAGUGAGGUUCUCAAUCGGAGGAUUUCAUCUUUCAACAAGCACGGUUGAAUACUGGCUAUCCUUGUCCGGAUCCCAUGUACUCUUCGAAAGUUACAAUGGUUGCUCUUAUGUUUAUCCAAAACGUCAUAUUUGAUUUUAUUUUGUAUUGCGUUGUUUACCCAUAUUUGGAGACUGGUGGAAUUGUUGUUGUCUGAGUUCUGUUAUUAGGACGUCAGUGUAUGAAAUAGUACGCGCAAGCACCUCUCUCAAGGAACAGAUACACACAAAACAAAAAAACGGUUUAGGACGGAGGCAUAGAAGCGCCAAGGUGGCUACUUUUCCCAGACAGACAGGCCUCGGUGUAGACUUUAGGUCUUCCUUCUUUCCUGAGUUAGCUCUUGAUCACAGACACUUUAAGGAAAAAGAGUAAUAAGUACAGCCUUUGGGUUUUUUUUGUUUGUUUGUUUAUUUUAGCACAGCUAUGCUAGAAAUUUCUUUGACGAUUCAGAGCAAUUUGAAAUUGUGUGGCAGAGUAUUUAUAUUUAUACUGAAAAGUGUUACCAAAGGAAAAAAAAGAUGUUCUAGAAAAACAAAGCUUUGCUAGUAAUCAACAUGACGCUGCCUUUUUGAAGUGGUCAAUAUGGCCUAGAGUCGUGUGUUUGACUCUAGAGGGGGUUAUAUAUGAAUGCUUAUUUUCAGAUGUUUGUGCCGUAAGUCAAUCAGGAAUGUCUGCUUGUCAGGCGUACUUAACGAAUGCGUGUAGGGUGUUUGGUAGGGGUUUAUGUUGGUGGGUUUUGUUUUGUUUUGGUCACAUAAUCAAUGAAAAACAAAAACGACAGAACUUUUAUGCCUAUUUUUAUGAUACCUUUUGUACAUGUCCCGUUUCGUACUGCGUGUGUGUGUGUGCGUACCGCCCGCUGGAAACGACACACGAAAGGGGAUCGUGCCGUCGGAUGUGUCGAGCGUUCGGACCCAAACCCUGGGUCCAUAGCUCAGGAGGUUUGCAAAGUUUUUUUUUUUUUUCUUCUCCAGGCGAGGAACGGAAAACUUCAUAUCGAGAAAGAUUUAGCCAUUUCAGUAUUUAUUUCUAUGAAUGAGCCUUUGCAGUUCAGAAUGUAACUUUGUACAUUGGAAAAAAACCUAUUAUGAAAUUAUAUGAACAUAUAAAUACUAUAAAUAUGUAUAUGAAAUGUAGAUGUCUUGAUUUUUAUUGUUUUUCUUUUUUUUUUUCUGGACAAUGAUUGUUACAGUUCAAGUGACAUUUGGAGACGAGUCCUCUCAAGCAUCCCACUCUCAACAAAUGUCUUUGGAUAUGGAUAUUUCCUUAGCUAUGCACUAUUUUAUAAAAGGUGGGGGAAUAACUGUAUGUGUGUGUGUGUGACUGAGCGUGUGUGUGACUGAGCGCGUGUGUGUGAGUGUGUGUGUGCAUGAUAGAAGAGUAUACCCUUGCCACCAUUGAAGGGUGGGUGGAUUGGGUGACAGGGGGUUGCUGGUGUGUAGAUCCCCGCAGGUCCUUACAUGUCCCCUCAGAGGUGAACGUCUAUGCAGCAGGAUGUAGGUCAACACUGUAGCACCCCCCCACAUCCCACAUACAUACAGUGGCGUUGCCAUGACAACGGUUGUCCUGGAUGUACCUGUAUAUGUUUACCCCCCUCAGUGUCCUAGCCUUAUUUUUUUUUAACAAUCUAUUAAACUCAUGUUUUUUGGGGA